AUGUCUUAUGCGUCGCAGCAACAGUAUUAUGGCAUGCCUCCGCAAUACCCCGGCGGGGGUGUGCCAUCACCGACCUACGCUCCCUACCAGACGUAUGGAAGAUCACCGCCCGCCAUGCAUCAAUACAUUCCCAUGGUAGGCGUCAGCGUCCCUCCGAACUAUCCGCGCCCAAACCAACAGUCACCGAAUCUCGCGACGCCAUAUCGGCCUCCUCCAGCACCUGCUCCGAUCCCGCCGCAGACCCCGUCAUCGACUCAUUCAUCACAGAUGCUUCCCCCCCAGACGCCUCCCACUCCACAGACUGCUCAACGGGAUCCUUCUCAAUCGCAACCUCGGCCACAACCUACUGAAGCGCCACAGCCAACGGGGCCAAGGAAGCCUGUCGUGGUGCUGAAGCAAGAGCCUUUUCGACCUCCUCUUCCUUGGUUCUCCAGACCUGAUGCUCUCUUUCCUCAACGUUCUCGCCGGUCCCGAACAAAAAGAAGGCUCCUUCCCCUCAACGAGCAACCCAUUUCAUUUCUCAUUGAACAACGCGAAGGUGUUACCGAUUCAACCAAUGCUGCUGCAUCCAAAGCAGUUCCUACAGAGGCUGAACCACCUACAAGCGACGCGGCCGAGUCCGACUCUAAGCCUGCUGUAGGCGCCCAUACUAGUCAGUCCCCAACCGCAUCUUGUGAUGCGACUCCCGCUCUCUCCGAAACAGCACCCGAGGAAGGUCGCGGUCAGAAGACGAACGGCCACAGCGCCAACAGCGCCCCAAAUGGGGAGGGGUCUUCUCAGAGUGACAAAAGUGCCACGACCGAGGAUGAUAAGGCGACAGACGAACGGGCUAUUGCACCAGCUCCUCCGGUAAAGGCUGCACCAACCAGCUGGGCAAACCUCUUUGCGAAGCCGGCCGCCCAGAACGUGACAACCUUGAACAGUAUUAGCUCUACUACAUCGGUCAAUGGCGAUGCCGUCGAGGCUGCUACAGUUCCCGAUAUGCCUGGGUCAAAAUUCUCCCAGGCCAACAGGAGUCUCUUAGGGGAAGCCAUCCGAUCCUUCAAGGUCGACCGCACUGAAAAGGCUACGUUGAUUGAGCCUCGUGGUCUCGUUAACACAGGCAACAUGUGUUAUAUGAAUUCUGUGUUGCAAGUGCUCAUGUUUUGUGCUCCUUUCCACGACUUUCUCGAUCAAGUAAGCAAAAGGGCUGCUCACAGCUUCAAGAGUGAAACACCUCUGGUAGAUGCAAUGGUCAUGUUUUUGCAGGAGUUCAAGGUUCUCGCAUCUGCGUCGUCUUCUAAGCAGCUUCGCAGCACUUUGAAGUCUCAGGUUUUUGAGCUAUACGGCGAGCCCUUUACUCCAGAAUUCGUUUACGAAGCCAUAAGGCAGCUUCCACGAUUUGCCAGCAUGAGACGUGGUCACCAGCAAGAUGCUGAGGAAUUCCUUGGCUUCCUCCUUCAGUCCCUGGAUGACGAAUGCACUCUUGUUAUGAACAAGUCCUUUCCUGGUGAAACAGAACAAGUUCCAGACGAGAAGUAUAUUGACCACGAAGCUGCCGCGCCUUCAGGAGACUGGCUUGAGGUUGGCCGCAAGCAGAAAGCCGCCGUCAGUCGAUCAUCGGGAUCAAACACCUCCUCACCCAUAACGAAGAUCUUUGGUGGACUGUUGCGAUCCGAAUUCCGGGUCCCGGGGCUCAAGGAUUCUAUUACUACGGAGCCGUACCAGCCGCUACAACUGGACAUUGGAUCGCCCGAUGUACGGAAUGUCGUGGAUGCCCUGAGAGGGCUUACCAGGCCCGAGCGCCUCCAAGGAGAUUUCAAUUCCCCUCGGGGCAAGGAUGUACUGGCCACAAAACAGGUCUUUAUUGAAUCUUUGCCGCCAGUUCUCAUCCUGCACCUCAAACGUUUCCAGUUCGAUGCCACAGCCAACGGCACCAUCAAGAUUUGGAAGAAAAUCGGAUACCCCUUGGAGCUUGAAAUUCCGCGUGAGGCGCUUUCCAGACAGCGCCGUCAAAACAUUGGCGACGGGCCUUUGCCCCGGUAUAAACUAAUUAGUGUUGUGUACCAUCAUGGAAAGAACGCCAGCGGCGGCCACUACACAGUUGAUGUGCGUCGGCAAGACGGCCAAGAGUGGAUUCGCAUGGACGACACCGUACUCCAGCGGAUCCGCAGCGAAGAGGUUGCCAGAAUUGGAGCCGAGGAAGAGGUCAAGGAUACCCGCAAAGAGCAGAACUCAUCCGCGAGUGCCUCAGCCAACCGCUUUGGCGCAAUAGACGACGAAGACUCCGGGGACAAGGAUGGCUGGAAGCAGGUCACAACUUCUGCCAGCGGAGGCAAGAGAUGGAGCAGCGUAGUCAAUAGCGCCAACGCACCCUCACAAGACAAACAGGUCAAGGACAACAUCAAAGACAACAAGGUGGCGUACUUGUUGUUCUAUCAGCGCAUGUAA